CAACAUCCUGACAAGCAUUGACAACUAAUAAGGGAAAGUCUAUCUAAUAGGGAAGAUAUAAUCACAAUGAAGGGUGCUGUCUUCAAAGCCAUGAUUGUUUUUCUGCUCGCGGCUUCAACGCACAGUAGGCCACAAGUCAAACGAGAUAUAGCUGCCCAUGCGGAACCUGUCGCAUGGCACGACACUGAGGAAGAUGACAUCCCCAACACGUUCACAAAGCGAGAUGUAGACGAUCAUACCGAUUCUUUAGACCUAGACGACUGCCAAAUAAAUUGUCAAUUUCUGAGCAAUGUUAUUAAAAAUGUUACCGCCAAUAGAGAAAGAGAAAAAAUUUGCAAACUGAGAAAUUGCAUCUGUGCUCCUCUAAGUAUCUCGAAGAGUAAGCCUGGCGCCUGUGAACAAUGUUUAGAAGAAAAAAUUCCCAUAGGAUGACAUUAAAUUUAACAGCGUUAUUUUGCUGACUUGUAUAAUGGCAAUCCAACUCUAUCUCUUAACUUAUCAAUCCGGCAAUUUGUAUUUCUACCAAUGUAAAAACGUUAAG